GGGGCUAAGAGUCACACUUCUUGGUCCCCAGCAGAUGAGCACGUGAUAAUGAGCUUGAGAUUGCAAAGCCCGUUUCUUUCUACUCCUCUGCUUCAGAGUUCUUUCAUUAGCAGAGAGAAGAGAAUCAAUGUUGCUAGAAAGGCGUUUCGUAGCAAGCGUAUAUCCUCGGAGAAGAAACAGAAUGAUUGGUUAGCUAAAGUUGCCAAAUUUUCUCAAUUUUGUGGGAAAAAUGUACAAUUGCUUAGGAAGUCUCUUGAUUCUAGAAGUAGAAUGGAAGUGAAAUGUUUGAAAGAGCCUUUUUUACGAAGUAAGGGAUUGGUUAGGUCUUUGGCUCCUGUUUGGGAAGAGGGUUUGUUUUUCUUGAGGUGUUCUGUUUUCUUUGCUGUUAUCUCUGGGGUUUGCUUGUUGGUGUGGUAUGGACAGAACAAGGCUCGUGCUUUUGUUGAGAGUAAGCUUUUGCCGUCAGUUUGCUCUGUGCUUAGUGAGACUAUUCAGCGUGAGGUUGAUUUUGGAAAGGUUAGAAGAGUUUCACCAUUGUGUAUAACACUUGAAGCGAGCUCUAUUGGUCCUCAUGGUGAAGAGUUUUCGUGUGGUGAAGUUCCGACUAUGAAACUAUGUGUCCGUCCUUUUGCUAGUCUUAGGAGGGGGAAGAUUGUGGUUGAUGCGAUUUUAAGUAAUCCAACUGUUUUGGUUGCACAAAAGAAAGAUUUUACAUGGUUAGGGAUACCUUUAUCUGACACUACUUUGCCAGGCCAUUUGUCCUCUGAAGAAGGGAUUGAUUUUCGCACCAAAACUCGAAGAAUUUCAAGGGAGGAAGCCGGGAUCCGUUGGGAUGAAGAAAGGGAUAAUGAUGCAAGAAAAGCUGCAGAGACGGGCUAUAUCGUUCCUUGUAAGAAUUAUUCUCAAGCUAAAGAUAAUGGGGUGAAGCACGAUAGGCAUUUUAUGGAAAUUGCAAAUCCCAACUCGUUUAUUUGCAUGGAUGAAAAGAUGCAUUCAGCAGACCAACAUUGCAUGGAUCCAGGUGUUGAUUAUGACGUGAAGCAUGCUGAAUUGGAGAAAUCAUUUGGCAUAAAAAUUCCUGGUUCAGGGCUCAAGUUCUUGUCCAAAAUUUUAAAGGUUCCGAGGAAGUACAAAUUCAAGUGGAAUUCCAGAUCACAUAAUAAUUCAAUGUCUAAUAUUAGUGCAAAGAAGAGAAUUCUUGAGCGCAGUGCUUCAGCGGCUCUAUCUUAUUUCCACAGUCUAUCACAACAAAAGCUUGACGAGCCUUCAGUGUUAUCAACAAAUUAUGAUGGGUUGAGUUUGGAUAUGCUAUUAGUUAAAGGUGAUAGAGAAAUCAGUAAUCAAUAUGAUCGCCGUGUGCCGUAUAGUGAGCAAUCAUUAGAUUAUCGAGGGAGAGGGAAAAGGCUCCUCAGUUUAAAAAAGGCUUCAACGUUAGACAAGUUCACAAUAUCAUGUGAUCCAUUCCUUAUGACUGUUGAUAGACUCUGUGCACUCUUACAAAGUAAAGAUAUUGUGAAUUCUACUGAAUCUGAGACUUUAAGCAGUCAGAGAGGGGAUAUAUCUAUGAAUGUUGUUGAUCAGAAUGCUGACGAUGCUCCACAUGGUAAUCAAAGUGGAAAUCAACCUCAUGACUUUACUUUCAAAAAGCAUGAGCAUCAACCUGUAGCAAACCAUUGGCGUCCCUCUUGGGCACGGAAUAUAAAAUUAAAAGAAGCAGUGUUUAAUAUUUUAACUGGUUCCUCUAAGAAGUCAACAGGAAGGGCAGAUCCGAAUGCUGCUAACAAUGCUCCUCACUUGAGCAAUGGACUAGAGAAGCUGCCUGCUGUUUAUGUUGAGAAGACACUACCAGUUAUGCUUGACUCUGUGCAAUUUAAAGGCGGGACACUUCUUCUAUUAGCUUAUGGAGAUACAGAGCCCAGAGAAAUGAGAAACGCCCAUGGACAUGUUAAGUUUCAGAAUCAUUAUGGUCGUGUGUACGUGCAACUUGGUGGAAACUGUAAUAUGUGGAGAUCAGAUGUAACAUCUGAAGAUGGUGGGCUUUUGUCUGUUGAUGUUUUUGUUGAUACCGUCGAGCAGAAUUGGCAUGCAAAUUUAAAUGUCGCCAACUUCUUUGUCCCGAUUUUUGAAAGAAUUCUAGAGAUCCCAAUCGAGUGGUCUAAGGGAAGAGCUACUGGUGAGGUUCAUCUAUGUAUGUCUAGAGGAGAAAUAUUUCCAAACCUACAUGGCCAACUUGACGUAACAGGACUAGGCUUCCAUAUAAAUGAUGCACCUUCUUCGUUUUCUGAUGUCUCAGCCAGCCUUUCUUUCCGCGGCCAGCGCAUUUUCCUGCAUAAUGCUAAUGGUUGGUUUGGAAAGGUUCCUUUGGAGGCUUCUGGAGAUUUCGGUAUACAUCCAGAUGAGGGGGAGUUUCAUCUGAUGUGUCAGGUUCCCUAUGUGGAAAUUAAUGCUUUGAUGAAAACGUUCAAGAUGAAGCCCUUGUUUUUCCCGCUAGCUGGUUCUGUCACAGCUGUAUUCAACUGUCAAGGCCCGCUUGAUGCUCCCGUUUUUGUGGGAAGUUGCAUGGUCUCUAGGAAGAUAGCUUAUCUGUCUCCAGAUCUCCCUACAUCUUUGGCAUAUGAGGCAAUGCUGAAAAACAAGGAAGCUGGUGCAGUUGCAGCAUUUGACCGUGUUCCAUUUUCUUAUCUUUCUGCUAAUUUCACAUUUAACACUGACAACUGUGUUGCUGAUUUAUAUGGUAUCAGAGCUACCCUUGUUGAUGGUGGGGAGAUUCGAGGAGCAGGGAAUGCUUGGAUCUGUCCAGAGGGGGAGGUAGAUGAUACCGCACUGGAUGUGAACUUUUCAGGAAAUAUAUCUUUUGAUAAGGUUUUACAUCGUUAUAUGCCUGAAUAUUUUAACAUCGGGAUGCUGAAAUUGGGUGAUUUAACUGGGGAAACAAAACUUUCUGGGGCCCUCUUAAAACCGAGGUUUGACAUAAAAUGGGCAGCACCUAAAGCUGAUGGCUCCUUGACUGACGCUCGGGGAGAUAUUGUGAUAUCACAUGAUAAUAUCAUCGUUAAUUCAUCGUCCAUUGCUUUUGAUCUAUACACAAAAUUAGAUACCUCAUACCAAAACCAUUGUUUGUCUCACCAAGACUUUACUCAAGGGGAGGCCAUGCCAUUUGUUGUUGAGGGGCUUGAUUUGGAUUUACGUAUGCGUGGUUUUGAGUUUUUCAGCUUGGUCUCUUCCUAUCCAUUUGAUUCACCAAGACCUACACAUUUGAAAGCAACAGGAAGGAUCAAAUUUCUGGGAAAGAUAAAACGCCACAGCAUUACAAAAGAUGGAGAUGUUGGGUCAGACAAAUGUGAAAAUGCAGCUCCAAUUUCUAGCCUCGAUGGUGAAAUUUCCAUCUCAAGUCUCAAGCUGAAUCAGUUGAUUUUGGCCCCUCAACUGGCUGGACUUUUGAGCGUUUCACGUGAUCAUGUUAAGCUUGAUGCCGUGGGCCGGCCAGAUGAAAGUCUUACACUAGACUUUAUAGGUCCACUACAGCUUAAUUCUGACGAAAAUGUACAAAAUGGAAAGUUGCUCUCGUUUUCUCUUCAAAAGGGACAACUAAGAGCUAACGCUUGUUUUCAACCUCAACAGUCCGCUACUUUGGAGAUAACUGUUGAGAAACCUAUUCUGGAACAAAGCAAUAGCCGGUAUGAGCUUCAAGGUGAAUAUGUAUUGCCGGGUUCCCGUGACCGAGACCUUGGUCAGAAGGAAGCUGGCAGUUUUUUUAUGAGAGCCAUGACUGGUCAUCUAGGAAGUGUUAUAUCCUCCAUGGGUAGAUGGAGAAUGAGACUUGAAGUGCCUAAGGCAGAGGUUGCUGAGAUUGCUUCCUCUUGCAAGGCUUCUUUCAGAAGAUCUUUUCAUUCAAAGCGUGCAAAAUCUCUGGUCUACAAGCUGAAAAUCUUCGAGACUUGCUCGAGGGCCGAAUUUGACUUCCAUGGAGAUGAUUGGGAGUGGGGGACUUACAAAACACAGCGUGUUCUGGCUACUGGUUAUGAAUCAUCAGCUACUGAUCUUGUUCACCCUUUGAGGGAAAACUCUUGUCACCAAAUCAAGGCAUUUUGCACAUGGAAGGGGAUCUUAGAGGGACCAUAUCCUCCUUAUGCUAAUUGGCUCCAAGGAAACGCUGAUAUCAGGCUUCAGGUCGGAGGUACAGUAGAGCAUCCAGUGCUUGAUGGGUCUGCUUCAUUCCACAGGGCGUCUAUCUCUUCACCUGUGCUCCGUAAACCUCUCACAAACUUCGGUGGAACCUUACAUGUUAAAUCAAACAGGUUGUGCAUCACCUCACUGGAAAGCAGGGUUGAUACUCAGCUGCAAAUUACUGGAUCAAUGUUGCAGCCAACUAUAUCAGGAAAUAUUAAAUUAAGCCAAGGAGAAGCUUAUCUGCCUCAUGAUAAGGGUGGCGGAGCUGCCCCUUUAAAUAGACUGGCAGCCAAUCAAUAUAGGAUUCCAGAACGGGCUUCUUCAGGGAUGAAAUUCUCCCAGUCUACUGGUAAAUCUAAUUCUGUUGAAAAGGAGAUUGAGGAAGUGAAAAUGAAACCAAAUAUGGAUAUCCGUCUGAGUGAUAUGAAACUUGUUUUAGGACCAGAACUGAGGAUAGUGUAUCCUUUAAUUCUUAAUUUUGCUGUUAGUGGUGAGCUUGAACUUGAUGGCAUGGCUCAUCCAAAAUUUAUCAAACCAAAGGGUGUCCUGACAUUCGAGAAUGGAGAUGUCAAUCUUGUGGCUACUCAGGGUCCAAAGCCGUGCCGUGCCAGCAAUUGGCAGGAAAAACUAGUGGUGACUUCAACUCGUUCUGUGGAACAGGAUGCUCUCUCACCUUCCGAGGCUGCAAAGGUGUUUGAGAGCCAAUUAGCUGAAUCCAUAUUAGAAGGAGAUGGACAACUUGCUUUCAAAAAACUUGCAACCGCAACACUUGAAACCAUAAUGCCAAGGAUAGAAGGUAAAGGAGAGUUUGGUCAAGCGAGAUGGAGGUUGGUGUAUGCCCCACAGAUCCCAAGUUUACUCUCUGUUGAUCCAACUGUUGAUCCUCUAAAGUCUCUGGCGAGCAACAUCUCAUUUGGAACAGAAGUUGAAGUGCAGCUCGGAAAACGUCUUCAGGCCUCUGUGGUAAGACAGAUGAAAGAUUCUGAGAUGGCGAUGCAAUGGACACUUAUCUAUCAGCUCACAAGCCGCUUGCGUGUCCUCCUGCAAUCUGCACCUUCCAAACGUUUGCUUUUUGAAUACUCUGCUACAUCACAAGACUAAAAGCCUUUUUGUCUUCCUCUGUCGGAUUCAUAUGGAUAAGCCGUUUGUUGCAAAGGAAGUGGGAAUUGCAGGGUUUGGUGACUACCAACAAGAAAAAUUAUUUGAUUAUUUGGUCAGGGUGUUUCUGGGAGGGUGUUUCUUUGUUCACUUCUUUGGUCCUUUUCAGUGGUAAAAAUGUAAAAAUUACAUUGUAAAUGCCUUUACAUUAGGGAAUAUAAAAUGGUUUGCCACUU